GGACUGAUGUAAAAAUGAUGGUCAGACACUUAUUUUUGUUUUACAUCAACUUGGUUUGUGCUUUUACCAAACCAAACGUAAUCCAACCAGACCCUGUGAUGGUUACUGAGCUGGGAGGCACUGUGACUCUCACUUGCUUUUGUCCCAAAGUGUCCGUGACCAGAUUUCAUUGGUUCAAGCAGAGUUUUGGACAGAAACCCCUCCACAUGGCGUCAUCUUUUUAUGGUGGCCAAGACAGUUAUUAUUCCAACAACUUUAUCAAGGACUUUACUGAGACCAAACGUUUGGGUGUGAGGAGAGGAGUCUACAGCUAUAACUUGACCAUAUCCAAGACAGAGCCAGGGGACUCAGCUACAUACUAUUGUUCCAUUACAGCCAUCUAUGAGGUUACAUUUGGAAAGGGAACUGUUUUAAUUGUCAAAGACUCAGAGUCCAACAGCAUGUCUGUGCUCCAGCAGCCUGUGUCUGAGUCAGUCCUCCCAGGAGACUCUGUGACUCUGAACUGUACAAUACACACUGAGACCUGUGCAGGAGAACACAGUGUCUAUUGGUUCAGACAUGGCUCAGGAGAAUCCCGUCCAGGAAUCAUUUACACCCAUGGAAACAGUAUUGAUCAGUGUGAGAAGAGUCCUGAGACUGGGUCUCCUACACAGAGCUGUGUCUACAACCUCCCCAAGAGGAACCUCAGCCUCUCUGAUUCUGGGACUUACUACUGUGCUGUGGCCUCAUGUGGGGAGAUACUGUUUGGGAACGGGACCAUGCUGGACAUUCAUGUUCCAGAGCAUGAUUCUCCAUUUGAUCUGAGUCCUACUGUUCUGGCCUUGGUCGUCUCCAACAUCGUUCUGGGGAUAGUGACCCUUCUACUUGUCUGGGUGCUGUGCAAGACUCAGAACAGAGAUAGCAGAGGGAGGACAGAUGUCCCAACGUCCCAGGGUAAUCAGAAUCAAGACAGUGACGUGUUGAACUAUGCAGCUGUGAGUUUCACCCCCAAGAAGAACUCCUCCUCCUCUAGAAGAGCAAGAGAGAAGACCAGCAGAGAGGAUGCAGUGUACUCUGAGGUCAGAUACCUUCAGCAGCAGUGAAAGAUAUCACCACUGUCACAAAGACUCCAAGAAGAACCAUUUAACUAUUUGUAGCCUAAUGAAACUGCUUUUAGUAACUGAAAUUAGUAUCCAAUUUUCAAAGUAACAAUGAAAAUGUAUUUUUAACAUUGUCUGUAUGUUAGAUUUAUAUAAUGAUCCUGUAAUGUCUUAAAUAGCCAUCACUUUUACAGCUUUUUAUUGUAAGAAAUCAUCUGAUAGAGAUUUCCAUUUU